CAGUAUGGCAGCUGUAGGUUGCUGUUUCUCUGUACAAGCACUGGUGCUAGGGUUUGUUGUUUGGGGAGCUUGGCUAAACUGCAUUGUAACUGCACUUGAAGGUAAAAAAAAUACACAGGUAGACAAAAUAAGAGCUCUCUUUCUUUAAGAUAAAUAUUUUCUGGAAGGCGCCUCUGACAGACUUUGCAGUGUGAUUCAUUUUAUGUAAUACUGCUUACAACGACCAACUACAAGCUAAGGUAAAAGCAAGAUUAUUGCUAAAUCACCCCCGAAACCGCCUUUUUUUUUUCGGAAAGGUUGCAUGCAGUAGACAUUGUUUUGCAGAGGUUUAAAUACUCGAUCAGAGAAACAGAUCAAAAGACUUACUUAGCUUACUUAUAGCACCUUUUGCGGAAUUAAGCUGACUUACGAAUAUUCAGUUUGUUACACUAAAUUUACUGCCUGAAAGAAAGCAUAGUGAAGUCAGCUGGUGAAGUGUUCGUUAAAAGUUAUUCACGAAGCGAUCCGUAUUUUUUGUCAAGGUGUGGCCUUAACAACUAGUGUCGUAAGUAGCCCGAGCAGCACUUAAUUAAAGCGACGUUGGAGUAUUUCUCUAACUUAACGUAGCUGGCUUAUAAUAAGAGUUAUAAAUACACCUUUCAAAUCACGAUGCCGGAGGUAAAAGAUGCAGCUCCCCUUUAGUCAGGGAAAGUACAAUUAAAGCUUUAUACUUCUGGGAUNCGUAGCUGGCUUAUAAUAAGAGUUAUAAAUACACCUUUCAAAUCACGAUGCCGGAGGUAAAAGAUGCAGCUCCCCUUUAGUCAGGGAAAGUACAAUUAAAGCUUUAUACUUCUGGGAUCGAGGAUAUAAAUCAUGUGUGUUCUAACCAACAUUUUCAUUUUUGAUGACUCUUAAUAAAGUAUCUUAUUAGUAGCUUUCAACUAGUUUUCCUAAUUUAGACUGGAACUGAGGAUUAUUCCUUUUACUUGUAGUCACCUGUCUCUCAAGAGUUCUGGUUAAUUUCAUGUAAUUUUAAAGCCACCAAUUGUAGAUAUUUUUCCGCGGCCGACUCCUAUGUAAAAAUAGACGUGACGUCAGCAAAGGAAAUUAUCAGGAGUGCGUUUCCUGAGAUCCGAGCACGGCGAUGUCAACGAGUAAUGCGGUCAGAAAAGCACUAGGUUUAAUAAGCAAAGCGACAACCUUGCCUGCACAUUACUUUUUUAUGUACAGUUAUUUUGCCGUCACUGCAUAUAUAACUAGAAGGUAAAAGUGCCUAUAAUUUCACGUUUUAUGGACGACGUUAACAAGCCAAGAAGCCAAUGUUAUCAUUUGCCUUUUUCUGAGUAGUGAAACACCUCCAGGAGAGUUCACCCACAUUUGUCAAAGUAGGUGAAGAUUGUACAUUCAAAAUAUUUUAUUGUUCGACGGUAUGGAGUAGUACGAGCAAGAAGAACGUUAAGAAACUUCAGCUAGUUCAGAACUAUGCCAGCAGAAUCGUAGCUGGUUAAGGAAAAUACGGUCAUCUUUCAGAAGCCCUGAAGUCCCUUAAAUGGCUUAACGUAAGGGAUAAACUGCUUUUUAACGACCUAGUGAUGGUGUACAAAAUUAACGCUUAAAGAACCUAACAACUGGUUACCUUCACGGGCGCUUUCGCAAUAUCGUGCAAAAACUCGAUCACCAAAGAGACACUAGACAUAACAAUGACCUGACGUUGCCUCGGUAUAGGCUGGCCACUGGCCAAAGACUUUUACCUACCGUGGGGCAAAACUGUACAAUAGUAUAGCUAAAGAUAUAAGAGACACGGGAAAUCUUAACGUUUUUCAAAAUAGAAUUUUGAAUAUCUUUUUAAUUCAUGGAUAGUUUUUUUUAGUUAUUGAAAUGUAAAUAGUUUUAAAAAUUAAUGUUUUAUUACUAUCAUUAUUGUUUAUAGAAAUUCGUUAUUUUAUCAUCGAAAUGUAAAUAGUUUCCUAGUCUAUUUUAUUUUAUCUUAUUUUCUAAUUUUUUUUUUUAAUUCGUGUAUGUAUGGCGGAAGAACCUCCAAGGGGGUCGAGCUAUGCAAUUAAGUUAAUGUAUGUCUGUAUGUAUUUUAAGCAAGGUUUUUACCGGCCAGUCACCGUCCUCGAAUCUUUGAAGAGGUUCCUACAUAUCAUUGCUCGACAAAAAGACGAACCAACAAUAUGAAAAAAUCUCACUUUGCAUCAACCAGUGCUGAAAUUCUCUAAAUCUAAUUAACGUCCAAUUUUUAACAAACGCAUUGGGGAAUUACGUUUGGCUUACGGAAAAGUGAUCUGGUUUAAUGAAGUUAAAAUUGUUUUGAAGACGCAGUAAAACAAAUUCUCUCUCUUGGAGAAGGAAGCUGCGUCUUGAGGGAGAAAACAAAGAAUACAAUGGAACAUUACCACCAAGUUCCUGUCUCGAAGAUUUACAUAUCAGUCGUUCUUUAUAUUGGGUCAUUCUUAACUGUCAAAUUUCUACCUUUUUGUGCUUCAGGCGAUUUUUUUAUGGGGCUAAUCGUACGUUAAUUUUUACCGGCCAGUCACCGUCCACAAAUCUUUUGAAGAGGUUCCUAUAUAUCAUUGCUCGAAAAAAGGCGAGCCAACAAUACGAAAAACUCUCACUUUGCAUCAACCAGUGCUGAAAUGCUCCAAACCUAAUUAACGUCCAAUUUUUAACAAAUGCUUUUGGGAAUUACGUUUGGCUUACGGAAAAGUAAUCUGGUUUAAUGAAACUAAAAUUUUGAUGAAGACACAAUAAAACAAAUUGGGGAAGGAAUCCCGUAUAUCUCUAUUUAAGCUGCGUCUUGAGGGAGAAAACAAAGAAUACAAUGGAACGUUACCAACAAGUUCCUGUAUACAAAAGAUUUACGUAUCAGUCAUUGUUCAUGUUGAGUCAUUCUUAUGUGUCAAUAUUUCUAACUUUUUGUGCUGCAGGUGAUUUUUUAUGGGGCUUUUCAGUUGCAAAAACUGCACCAGUGUGCUCUAUAGGUGCAUAUCUAUUUUUUUCUAUGCCUUUCUGAUCUUUUACAAUUUCUCUUCAUUAAUGAUUUACUUAUAUAUGACCGGUUUUUCCAACCUCAAUAGCACUAAUUACUGGUGUUGAGAAAAAGGUGCAUAUUUCCGCAGCGUAGUAGAGAAAAAGGAAAGUUAGCUUUAAUUCUAAUUAUAAAUUCGGCAUCACGGAAAACUUUAGGCGUUUUGUGCGAGGCUUAAAUAACUAAAGGAUAGCCAGAGGAAAGUCAAUGAAAUUAGUCAUCAUUACGCACAUUUAACAACUCAGUGACUCCUAUGCAUCUGAUGGUUUCGGGUUUCUGACAAUUCUGGCGAGUUUAUUUGAGAAAUUUCAACUUAGCUCGCCCAUGCAGUAAGUGAUUAUCAAAUGUAGCGCUCUUUUUGCAAAAUGAAAACGCGGAAAAGUUUGGCUGAAACGCUCUAGAAAGGCGAGAACGGAACGCUAGCGGGGACCCUAUUAUUCUGACCCGUUUUUUACUCAAAUACUGAGCCGAAGAAGCCCGAUUUGUUAAAACGAACUAGGUAUCAAGCGGCCGACUAGUAGAAAUCAUUACCGUGCGCGCUAACUGGAAUAUAGGCCGUCCUCAAAUAACACCUUGACAAGAUCGUAACCGCAGCAGCAUUUGGCCAAAAGGAGCGUUUCCCAGCCUACUUACUCAUACCAUUAUUAGUGCACUCGUGUGUCUAGCCUGUUCCAGGCGUUCAGAUCGUGGGGACGGCGUGAAGAGAUGUGAGCACUAUCGUGUGCCCUAAUUUCUCUUUUCUCUUUCCCUUCAAACACCUCCUAUUCAGUAAACAUUUAACUGAUUACUUUCUGAAUUUCUUUCUAAGGUCAAUGCGCUCGUUACAACCGAUACGUCACAUUUCUAACGCCAGCUAACGGAUUUUACCUUGAAGGCCACGUGUUUUUAAAUCUCUCAGUGGAACUAAACCGAGACUGCCAAGUCCAAUGCACGUUAGCCAGAGAUUGUGUCUCCUAUAAUACUGGUCCCCGCAUUGACAACAAAAUGGCCUGUGAGCUCAGUAAUUCAGAUGACUUGCAGCACCCUGAAAAUCUCAAACCAAGACGUGACUGGAACUACAGAGGCACAAAGGUAUGACAUCCGUAUACACUAUCAUUUUAUGUCUAGUUUGUUUUCAUUGUAUUUUAGUAUAUUUUUAUGUCAAACAUGAAAAGAUAACAUUCUCGAAUCUGCUGAGAUGGACGGUACACCCUCGGUUGUGAAUGUCAUGGAGUUGCACGGACCUUCAGUUCCGUGUGAAUCUGGUUGAUGAUAGUUGCUUAAGCAAGAGUAGUGAGUCCCCACCUUCUACACGACACCACAAACAACAACCGGGAGAGACUCUUAAACUUUUGCCCUGCAACCAACCUACGACAUGCUCAAUCCAGAUUUCCCCACCCAAGGUGAACGCAGUAGACCUGAACCCACCCGUUGGGCUCUUGUGCCAAAGUUGACCAUAUCCUGGUCAUUAGUAGGUGGCCUAACUCACUAAGAAACUGUUAGUGUAGACCUUAAAAAGUGUAGAGAUCGACUCCGACCACCGUAUCCUACGUGCCACUCUUAAAGUGAGUCUUAGAAGUACUGAAUGCAAACCUGUAAAUCGCAGAAAGUACAGUUUGAAGAGACUCGCGCAUGAAAACAGAAUUUCGUUAAAACUUUCAAACCACUUCGCCUCCCGGCCCUACAAUUCCAAUUGAAGAGCAACUCAAUAUCAGGAACAGUCAAUUCGAAAGUAUAACACGUAGCAUAUAGUGAAAAAGAGGAAGGAAGCAUGUUUCAAAUGGCUUAGCUUAACUGGGUCCCCAAAGAAACAGAAGACCUUAAGAAAGUUUGAAAUGACGCAUAAAGCAAGCGCCUGCGCCUUCACUCCUAAGGAGACUGACUAAAACACACACCAGAUAAGAGAUUUUUGUACUCGAAUGCAGUAUUUAACGCGGUGUAACGGCGCUGCCGUUGUCCCUUUCGUAAACGGUCGCUGCUAUUUUUACGACACUUAAAAAUUUUUUGACCUGUUAUUGAAAGUGUUUCUAUGAAAAAGAAAGAAAAUCGCAACCUAGGGCCAAACCAGGCCUCGAAUCCGGACUCUAUCCUAACCUCUCUCCCAUACCACUGACAUUACCACACCAACCCGCCAAAAUUCCCAAAAUUUUAAGUAAAUACACUAACAAACUGUCUUUCUUAACUGUCACAUCAAUAACAGGUGACCCGAGCCCUUUUCGUAAAUUUUAACAACAACAACAACUUGGGCUCCAACGUCGUUCUUUCUAACACUAUUCGAAAAUCUAUUUUUUGUUUUUUUGUAACUUAAUCCAGGGAAUAUAUCACUAAUGGUGGCAUCGACCGUUAACAGUGGCAAAGACCGUUUACGAAAGGGAAAUAGGCGACGGCACUUGAUUUGUAUAGAUAUUUCUUAACGCACAAUAAUAUUGGCUUUCCGUCCUGAAGGCCCCAAGGGUAGAUUUCCACUGUCGUAAGUACGCAUGUAAAGUUACGCGCGUAAAUAAAACAGAAACAGUGUAUGGAAGGUCACGCGUAAACGUAAAAGUUGAACCUCGCCCAGCUUUCACGUUUACGCGUGGCCUUUCAUACUUUGCCUCAAUUUCAUUUACGCGCGUACAUUUUACAUGCGUUCCCAUGGAAAAAUUACGCGACAGUGGAAAUCCACCUUCAAGAGAAACGACUAGCAUCCCCGUCAGUCAUUUUCAUAUGGGAUUUUCCUCCGGGGAUCCAAUGACUCUGCGGAAUUUAGUAGGCAUAUGAGUCAACCACUUGAACAGUUUAUACCAAGUGUCAACAGAUUGGAUACCCUUAGUGCUUUUCUAUUGGUACCAAUCGUACCAUUGGUGAAACAGCAGUAAAGGAUCUGCCAAUUGAGUACCAGAGGUUUUUUCUUGCGUGGGGCGGGAUGUAUCAUCAUGUAUCUUUAGACAUAUCCUCGGCAGAAGCCCGACGCCACGAGCGGCGAUUAAAGCACCGCCAAACCGUAAACCGUGUAUAACAAGUCGCGGGCACGCAGGGUACAGAUCGGAAAAAUUAAAAACAGUAUGUCAAGGCACUUGUUGAAGGUCAGAAGUGAAGGACGUUUUGUCAGUUGUAGUUCUUACGUAAGAACGAAGAUGGGAGGGUUUUAUGUACAAUGUGUUUCCUCUUAAUCAGAAUCUUUGCGCCAANUUGUUGAAGGUCAGAAGUGAAGGACGUUUUGUCAGUUGUAGUUCUUACGUAAGAACGAAGAUGGGAGGGUUUUAUGUACAAUGUGUUUCCUCUUAAUCAGAAUCUUUGCGCCAAGAAACCUUGCCUUAACACCGGGAAGUGCUACAUGGGGUAUACUGAGAAGAAAUACGUUUGUGUUUGCCCGGCUGGCUACCACGGAGAAAACUGUGAAAAAGGUAAACAGUAUAUUGAUAAUUAA